AUGGCCAAUACCCCCCUUUCAAGAUCUUUUGCGUUCCUGUUCUUAUUGUUGAAUUUGGUGCCACUAGUCUUUGGUCAAGGGACCCAAUUCAUUACCGGCCCCUGUACAAGUGACGCCGACUGCGCAUCGGGCUGCUGUGGUUUCAACUCUGGAAAAUGUGCUGGGCCAGUUGUUGCCCAGGAACGUGAUGGGGGAUGUGGCUUUGGAGAUGCUCAGCCCAAUGAUAAUGCCGCCCAAGCCCUCACAGGAGGAGGAACACCUGCAACGUCCACUGCUACUGCAGCGGCGCCGAAUAUGAAUACGGGCGCUGCCGAUGCCACCACCACGGCCGCUUCUGGUGGAUCGACAGGCAACGGGGGAACAGGUACACAGUUCAUCACUGGCCCAUGCACAAGUGAUGCCGACUGUGCCUCUGGUUGCUGUGGCUUCAAUUCCGGCAAAUGUGCAGGUCCUGUCGUCGCCCAAGAGCGUGAUGGAGGAUGUGGAUUCGGCGAUGCUCAGCCAAACGACAAUGCUGCUCAAGCCCUCACCGGGGGAGGAGGACAACCAACAUCGCCCGCUGCCACCGCUGCUCAAGCCAACACUACUGCAGCCGCCACUGCCGCUUCUGGAGGCGCCUCGGGCAGUUCAUCUGAUGGCACCAUCAACAGCAGCCUUCCAGGAGCUGAAAAUGUAGGAAACGGCGCCGGAAAGCAGUUCAUCACUGGCCAAUGCUUUAGCGAUGCCGACUGUGCAUCUGGAUGCUGUGGGUUCAACAGCGGCCUAUGCGCGGGUGCAAUUAUUGCACAGACUCGAGAUGGCGGUUGCGGUUUCGGAGACGCCCAGCCUAAUGAUAAUGCUGCUCAAGCUCUGAGUGGAGGAGCGAAGAGGAGAUGGGUGCGAGAAUACAUGGCAUGA